AACCACUGGUUUGCUGUGUGUGCGGGACUGAUAAUAAUGGUGUCCAUGGCUCCGGCAACGGCUGUUCUAACAGUCUGGCUACUACUGUGUCUCUCAUUCAGACCUAGCGGAGCCAAUGAACCAGUGUUGACUCCACUCUCUCUUGUGUCUAGUAUGGAUCCCGAGAGACUGCAUACUUUCCACUGCACUGCUAAUAUCUCUGGCAGACAUGAUGUCCUUAUUGAUGGGUUGUUUUUCAAUGAGGAGGAGAUUGUGAAUAAAGGAAUCACUCUCACUUUCGAAAGCAGUGGUGUCUUUCCUAGCUCAACAAUAUAUGUCCCAGCAACCAUUGAUAACAACAACACCAGCAUUCAGUGUCUGUUAUACACUGAUUCCGGUAGAUUGGACAGUCUAAUUGGCAGGUUCUAUGUCCAAGGUUUACUGGAGGCCCCAGCUACGGAGCUAGCAGCAGUCAAUGCCAGCUACCUAUCAUUCUCCUGGACUCCUCCAUUCUCUCUGGACAUCCCCGACUCCAAUCCUGACAUCUUGUUCUACUCAUUCUCAGAGACUCUGAGCCCAUCAUCUGGCAACGUAUCAGAGCCACAGUCUCUGGUGUUCCCAGUCCUGGCCACACCUGUAGAGUUCUCUGUCACUGCCUGGAACAUUGUGGGAGAGGGGGCCACUGCUUCUGCCACUCACCAGCCCUGCUCCAUCUCUCUGGAGCAACAAACAGUCAAUCCAACUGAUGUGAAAAGUGAAGUAAUCUACAAGGAAAAUGAAGGGGUCUUCCUCUUCCUCUCUCUACCUUGGCCGGUUGACUGUUUCCCUCUGUUUUCCCUGGAGCUGGAGGAACUAGAAGAAGGGGUCGAAGGCAGAGAGACUGUCACUCACAGUCGACUGGUUCCUGAUGUGACUGGUAGUGAGGGAGACAGAGAGGUACAUCUGAUGGUUCCUCUCCAGGGAAGAGAUAACACUCUCAACACUGCCCAAAUCACUUCCACCAGCAGUGAGGGAGAUGUCCCAGCACUGGACAAACUCCAAUACAGUACUCAUGACGUUCAGUUGGUGGAGAUAGACUUUACUCCCACCUCCAUCAUUGCCAACUGCCAGUUUGCAGUCGGGUCUCCAGCACUGGGCUGCUCCGUACACAUCGUCUCCCAGGACGACGACACCUCAGUCAUGAUGUUGUCAGUGAUGAGAGAGUCUGGUGCUAACGAGGAGGGGCUCUCCCUCAGUGCAGAGGGGAAGGCAGAGGACCUGGAGUCAGGGGUGUACACAGUGAGAGUGUAUGACAUAGAGAGCAAUGGAGAGACCAGUAGUAGUGGAACACCAGCUCACACUGAGACUGUCGACAUUACUCAACCAACCACCUCCACUCCUUCUCUUGUUACUACCUCCAGUGACACCCCCCCUCCCGAUCCAGUUAUUACAGAUCCCCUCAGUCCAGAGCGAAACACACAGUCCAGCAAUGCAGUUCCUAUCAUUGCAGGUGCUGUAAUAGCAGGGGUCCUCCUGGUGUCCCUGGUGUUGCUGAUACUGGUGUCAGCCACAGUGUGGAGAGCCAGAAAAAGGAGAGAGAGAAAGGCAGAAGAAGCAGAGUCAAGGGAGAGAGAGUUUGUUCUCAUUUCGACCGGGGAAGCCAUAUCGUCAGAGAGCAUGGCGACGGCGUACCUUAGCCCCGCCCACACCCUCCAAGUCUCCUCUUCUUCCAGCCCCUCCCACACCCUCCCUGGCUCCGCCUCCUCCCUACAUAGAAACAGUCUCUCAAAAGACACUCUGCCUCCUUCCUAUUCCGACCUGGACCCCACCAAGUACAAUCACACUCGCUCCAUGAGUGACGUGAUUACCACUAGCAACCCUCGCAGCUCUGCUGGACCAGGGGGUGUGGCCUCCCAGUCAGUGGGUGUGGUUUUUCAAGAGGAACCUGUCGUAACAGAUGGAGCUGCUGCCACAGACGAUAGACAUUAUAAAACUACUAAAACAGCUCAGAAGAAGACAGUGGAAAUGACACUCUCAGCCCCGCCCACCUCUCCUCCCCCCUCCAUUCCCAAGACCUACACCAUCUCUGUGUCUCCCAAGACAACAAGCCACACCCACCUCGUUAACCACGAGCGCUCUGCCUCACUGGAUGGUCCCUACCCUCCCUCCUCAUCCUCCGUCCCUCCCCCUCACCCUCCCAAGAAGACGCAUCCCAAGAGGCACAGAGCUCCCCCAGCUCCCUCCUUCUCCACUCCGGCCCUCCUCCCUCCCAGCAUCACCUCCUCCCCACUCUCCCUCCCCUCCUCCUCCCUCACACCGGAGGACACACCCACAGGAGGGAGAGAGGUCCUCAGUCUUGGAGACGAGACUACCAUUGUUGGUAAAAAUCCACUCUACGGCACAAGAGCUGCUCUCCAGCUGAAGGCAGAGGGGAAGAAGAGGAGGAGUAUCCACUACGCUGAGGUGGUACCGAGGAGUCAGUCUGUGGCCACACCCACUGUCCCAGGCCCCACCCACCCUCCAGACAAGGAGGUUGUCCUCUACAGUGAGGUCAAUGUGAAUGAGGUCAUAACAGUGAAUCCCAGUAAUGUGAUUGCUAUUCGUGGAGUGGAUGGACAUGACUUCACUAAGUUCUGUUUAGUGACAGACAUUAGUGUUAUCGAGAUCCAGUGGCUCAAAGGAGAAGAAGUGGUUGAAACAGAUACGACGGCACCUGGCCAUUACUUCAUCUCCAACCAAGACAUGACAGUAGACACCUCGGGACAGUACUACUGCAGAGUGAAGGGAACUGACGGGACCUUGACUGAGUCUGCUGGGAGACUGACUGUACUUGAGAAUGAGGUGAUAGUUGCUCCAUCACCUCAGUAUGCGGUGCUGGGCUCCAAUGUGGAGCUGCAGUGUGGCAUAAUGGCAGAAGGAGUGACAGUAAUAGACACGUGGGCUGUAGGAGAUGACAUGGAUUUCGAGACGGGGUUGAACAUGCUAUCACCAGUGGAAAUGGGAGACGAGGGGAUGUAUACCUGCAGACUGAAUGAUGAGAGAAUGGAGAUGGAUGAGUUUGAUACCAACAUAGAGUUCAGGAUUACUGUUCCUCCAUUGAUACUCACCCCUCCAGAGUCUCUCUACACAUUCACAGACGACGCCUUCCAAAGCUCCAUCUCUAUCGGCUACUCAGGUCGUGAGGGAGACACCUCAGUAGUGGAGUGGAGAAAGGAUGAGCAGCCCCUAGCAACCAACGGGGAAGGGUAUGAGAUCCAGGCGUCCUAUACUGACCUGGAGGCCACCACUAGCCUUGUCUUCACUGACUCCUACCUCUCCCGCUCCUUUGAGGGAACCUACGAUGUCGUCAUCACCAAUGUGAAUGAAGUAAUCCCUGUGGCGGAGAGGAUAGCCACCACCUCAUUCUCCAUCUCUGUCACUGUUUUACCAGCUACCAUUACAAAUGUCAACGUGACAUCAAAGCCACCACUAUCAGCUGUCGUUGAGUGGGUGGUGGUCUAUCGCCAUGCCGACGAACACCCAGACAACAUUACAAUCUUCGUUGAGAACGUAGAGACAGGGGCCACCUCGUGUCACCAGGUGGGCGAUCCAGUCUCUACCCAAUCGGCAGAGGUGGGUGUGGUUCCCGGGGUGGUGUACUCCGUUACCGUGGAGAGUGCUAACGAGGAUGGGCGGAACCGGACUGUACCUGUCACCUUCACCACAGCCCCUGCUGCUCCCUCAGUGUCUGCUGUGGAAGUGUCCAGGCUAAAUUCCACCUCAUUCUCAAUAUCCACCACUCUACUCUACACCGGAGGGGGCCCCGUAACUAAACUGAUCGUCUCGUUCCGGAUCAUCGGGGACACGGAAUGGAGUGGGGACAUGAGAGUCACAGUGGUAUGGGAAUCAGACCCGCUGGUAUGGACUGGGGUCGUAACCAACUCGGAGUUUGCUCAGUAUGCACGGCUGGAGUUCAGAGUUCACGUGGAGAAUGACAGAACCCUUGUGUCUAGAGAUGAGAUGCCUCAUUCAGAGCCACUGGUCCUGCCCCUUGCUCCGGUAAGGAUCGAAGCCAUAUCUACCACCACCACCUCAGCUGUAGUGGAGGUGGAGCUGUCGCCCGAGGGAACCCCUCCAAUGAUUGUCGUCAUGGAACUGACGAGUCACCCUGAGCUUGGUUGCUGUGGUAACCAGACCAUCUAUGUCGGAGGUGGUAGUGUGAGGUUUGUGAUCACUGGUCUGUCCAGAGACACUACUUACACCGUCAGUGUCUCUGCCAUGAACCACGCUGGACAGGGGAUUGGGAAACAAGAGUCUUUCUCAACUGAUGGAAAUGGCACGGUGCUCCCGCUGUGGCAGACUGUCCUCAUUGGAGUGUGUGGAGCCAUAGCUCUGGUGGUGCUCACCAUCCUCUUCUGCCUCCUUCUCUGCUGCGGCUGCAAGGCCAGCAAAAAGUGGGGCAGGAGGGAAUAUCAUACCGGUCCCAUUGAAAUGGCUCACAGGGAGCUGGAAAGAGGAAACCCGAUGCUAACUCGCAGCAUUCGCUCCAAUGGAUAUGCCGGGAGUCAAGUCAGCUUCGGGUCCAAUCAAGGUCGACCUUUGACCCCUCGUACCCCCACUGGACUCUCCGUCACUUCUCCCAGUUUUGAGUACACUGAUGCCCCCAAGUACAGUGAACUCACCACCAGCAGUAGAAUGAGCUCAUCGGUAUUCCACACCAGUUCCAAGGACAAACUAACACACUCGACCUCCAUCUCCCACGGCAACCUGUACUACCCCACCUACCCUAACGACUUCCCUGAAGAGUCUGGCUACCAGUCCCUACCUCGAGGGAUGGAUAGAGGGUGUCCAUUUGGCUCCAUCACCCUCUCUCCCCCGCCUGCCCCUGUACCAUGCUCCACUGAUGUGUGACUUCUCUCUACUUACUACUCCAUACCAUUCAACACCAUACUUCCCAAAUUGACUGCAUGUCUAGAACUCUGCUGACCACAUGUCUAGCUGUUUUUAUGUAGUAAAUUAUAUCACUUUUUAUCCUUUGUUGGAAUUUUUACCCUGUAAAACAAUCACCAACUACACAGUUUCUCACUAUGUAAUUUGAUAACUUCAAUCACAUUCUUCUCAAAUAGGGUCUCUUGUAAACACAGAACAUUACACCAUUUUGUAACCGA